AAUGGCUGUGCGCUUGGACAGGUGCGCACGGUGCAGCACAGUGCACGCGCGAAUCGAAUGAGCGAGUGGCUAACCACGCUUCGGACGACGACGGGAGAGCAAAGUCGAUUGCACAGAAAUGUCGACAAAUACGCCCGAGGAUAAACUGGUGGCAGAAAUCACCGAGUUGCGUGCAUUGUUACGCGCAAAGGAAGCUAAACUGGCCGAGUUGCGACGCGAGAGGCAAGUCGUACAAGAAUACGGUUUACACAAUGACGAAAUUUCCAGAUACAGUCGACAACUUUUCCUACCGGAAAUUGGCGUGCAAGGUCAGAGAAAGAUCAAAGACAGUUCUGUACUCGUAGUAGGAGCUGGUGGUCUCGGUUGUCCCGCAGCGUUAUACCUGGCGUGCGCUGGUAUCGGCCGUAUCGGCAUAGUCGAUUACGAUAUCGUUGAGAUCAAUAAUCUUCACAGGCAAUUAUUGUACACGGAAGCGAGUAUCGGUGCUUCCAAAGUAGUCGCAGCAGCGGAGAGCAUCGCUCGGCUGAAUAGCCGCGUAAAAGUCACUCCAUACAAGAUCCAACUAGACAGCAAAAAUGCUUUGGAUAUCAUAAGGAAUUACGAUGUCGUAUUGGACGCUACGGAUAACGUGGCGACGCGCUAUCUGCUGAACGAUGCCUGUGUCUUGAGUGGGAAACCGUUGGUCUCUGGUUCAGCGCUGAGAUUCGAAGGCCACUUAUCGGUGUUCAAUUACAAUGGACCCUGCUACAGGUGCAUAUUUCCUAAACCCCCACCCCCGGAAACUGUAACGAGCUGCGGAGACGGAGGCGUUCUUGGUGCAGCUGUAGGAACAAUUGGCGUCUUACAAGCACUGGAAACGUUAAAAAUCAUACUCGACAUGCCUGACGUAACGUCCGGACGACUCUUGCUAUUCGACGGAACGGAAACCAGAUUCCACACCGUGCGCCUGCGUCCGAAGGACGCGAAUUGCGCGGUUUGUGGCGAAUGUCCCGUGAUACGUGAAUUGAUCGAUUACGAGGAAUUCUGUGGCGCAAAGGCGAACGACAAGGAGCCGAAUUUGAAUCUGUUGAGAGAAGGAGAAAGGAUAACGGUCCAAGAGUUCGAUCGGAUCGUGAGAAGCGAUUCGGAACCUCGCGUAUUGAUAGACGUACGUUCGCCCGAGGAGUAUCAAAUUUGCCGCUUGCGGGACUCUAUUAAUAUCCCUUUCACGCAGCUGAGCAAGGAUCAGAAUUUACAGCUUAUCAGAGACAACGUCAAGAGGGCGCGGGAAGAACAUCGCUCCUCCUCAGUAAAUUUGUACCUUGUGUGCAGACGUGGCAACGAUUCGCAAAAGGCUGUACAGUGUUUGAAAACGAUAUUCACCGAAGAUGCGUUAAAAAUCAGAGAUAUAAUUGGAGGUAUUCGUGCUUGGAGCAACAAGAUCGAUCCAAGCUUUCCCGUAUAUUAAAAAACCACGAGGGUGAUGGCAAAGUGGUGGCGUAACGUUCCGUUUUUAAAUACACAUGUACAGACAAAUAGUUUUCAAGUGCUCUUGAAACUCGCAAUAAUUUAUACCACUUUUGUCAAAUAAAAAAAACAAAGAAAAAA